AUGAACGAUGCCAAUACUGCGUUGCGGAGCGCGCGCAGAGGCCGGAGGGGAAAGCAAAACAACGACGAUAAAAAGGCUAUCAACUGUAAUAUUGAAAAUCAAAACCAGGAGAACAAGAAAAUAAAUCGGGGAGUCGCGGGAAUCGCCACUCGGACAAGGAGGAGAGUAGCGGAAGCAGCCCUUGUGGGGCCCACUGAUGAGAAGAUAGCUGCUGCUCCUAAUUCAGCAGCGGCAGUAGCGGAGGCUCAGGCGCCUGUUGUCGAGGAACUGAGUGAGGGAAAGCAGGGAUUUGAGGAGAGGGUAGCGGUGGAGGAAGGAGAGAGGGAGAUGGAUGAUUAUGACAAUGGCGGCGACAAAAGCCCACCAAAGGCAAAUGGUGGUGGUGAGGAUGAACUUCCGGCGCCUCUACCCGACAAAGUGCAAGUUGGUGGUUCACCGAUGUACAAAAUUGAUAGGAAAAUCGGGAAGGGAGGUUUCGGACAAGUGUACAUUGGUCGCCGUAUCACUGGUGGUAGCACUAGUGAGAGGACUGGUCCUGGAGCGUUCGAGGUGGCUCUAAAAUUGGAACACCGUAAUAGCAAAAGUUGUAAUUAUGGUCCCCCUUAUGAGUGGCAAGUUUACAACACGCUGGGAGGAAGUCAUGGUGUACCACGGGUGCACUACAAAGGCCGGCAAGGCGAUUACUAUGUGAUGGUCAUGGAUAUGCUUGGACCGAACUUAUGGGAUGUUUGGAAUAAUAAUGCCCAUUCGAUGUCUAUUGAAAUGGUGGCUUGUAUUGCAAUUGAAGCAAUUUCUAUAUUAGAGAAUAUGCACUCAAAAGGGUAUGUUCAUGGGGAUGUGAAGCCUGAGAAUUUCUUGCUCGGCUCACCAGGGUCCCCUGACGAGAAGAAGCUGUUUCUGACUGAUCUCGGUUUAGCCACAAGAUGGAGGGAUAGCACUACUGGGCUACACGUUGAAUAUGAUCAAAGACCAGAUGUUUUCAGAGGAACUGUUCGCUAUGCCAGUGUGCAUGCUCAUUUAGGCAGAACUGGUAGCAGAAGAGAUGAUUUGGAAUCCCUUGCUUAUACACUUAUUUUCCUUUUGCGUGGACGCCUGGUUUGGCAAGGGUACCAGGGUGAGAACAAAGGAUUUCUUGUUUGCAAGAGGAAAAUGGCAACAUCACCCGAGGGACUUUGCUGCUUUUGCCCACAACCUUUUAAGGCUUUUGUUGAACACGUGGUGAAUCUGAAGUUUGACGAGGAGCCUAAUUAUUCUAAGUAUAUCUCAUUCUUUGAUGGGAUAGUCGGACCAAAUCCAGAUAUCAGGCCCAUCAACACUGAGGGUGCACAGAAGCUUAUCUGUCAGGUUGGUCACAAGAGAGGACGUGUGAAUCUUGAUGAGGAUGAUGAUGAACAACCUAAGAAGAAGGUUCGUAUGGGAAUGCCUGCCACUCAGUGGAUUAGCAUUUAUAAUGCUCGAAGACCAAUAAAGCAAAGAUAUCACUAUAAUGUGACGGAUGCGAGACUUUCCCAGCACAUUGAGAAGGGAAAUGAAGAUGGUAUGUUCAUAAGUUGUGUGGCAUCUUGCCAAAAUCUUUGGGCGCUAAUAAUGGAUGCCGGAACUGGCUUCACAGGACAAGUUUAUGAGCUGUCACCUUCAUUUCUUCACAGGGAAUGGAUAAUGGAACAGUGGGAAAAGAAUUAUUACAUCAGUGCUGUUGGAGGAGCUGCAAAUGGUAGUUCAUUAGUUGUAAUGUCGAAAGGCACACAGUAUGCCCAGCAGUCUUACAAAGUGAGCGACUCGUUUCCAUUCAAGUGGAUAAACAAAAAAUGGAGAGAAGGUUUGUAUGUGACCUCCAUGGCAACAUCAAGGUCAAGAUGGGUUGUCGUCAUGUCUCGUACAGCUGGCUUUUCUGACCAGGUAGUGGAACUGGAUUUCCUUUACCCAAGCGAGGGCAUCCAUAGAUGGUGGGACAAUGGGUAUCGGAUAACAGCUACUGCAGCAACUAAUGACCAGGCUGCUUUUGUUUUAAGUGUGCCCAGCAAAAAAACAGUGGAUGAAACACAGGAGACACUACGUACUUCUACCUUUCCCAGCACACAUGUCGAGGAGAAGUGGGCAAAGAAUCUAUACCUCGAGUCUCUUUGCUUUGGUCGUACAAUUUCUUAG